AUGCCUCCAAAAAGAUCCCUUCUUUGCGACAUUAUUGUGGUGGAAGACGACUCGACCUCGGAUAAUCUCUCGGAGAAGAGUGAUAACGAUGAAGAGGUCGUUGAAGUAAAACAACACCUUUCCAAAACAAAAAACACACUCCCUUCUUCAUCUGAACCCAGCACUAAAAAGAUUAAACCAUCCCCAACAACAGAGGCGAUUCCCCGAAAUGUGGCUUCUUCUAUGAAUUCAACAACGACACACAUUCAAUAUCAUGGAGACAAAAUUUAUUAUAAUCCUCUUGCCAAUGAAAAACAAUCCAAUUCAGAUCAUUUCCUAACGAUUUCACAAAUUCUUGAAGUGAGAAAAGCUAAAAGUUUAUUUCUUUCUUCAUUUUGUUUAGAUUAUGAAUUUUUACAAACCAUCAUUCCAUUCGAGUCAUUACAAAUUCCGAUCACCAUUUCUCAUCAUUGGGAUCAAAAACAAGAAAAAGUUGGGAAAAAGUUUAUUCAACUUGGAAAAUGUCCAGUCUGUGUUUGUAAUCCAAAACUACUUGGACAAUAUUCAAACAUGCAUGCAAAAUUAUUUAUCAUUGAAUUUGAAGAAAAGAUUAGAAUCGUAAUAAGUUCAGCAAAUUUAACUCAAUUUGAUUGGCAAUAUUUCAAACAAGCAAUUUGGAUUCAAGAAUUUACAAAAAAACUCUCCACAUCAAGUUGUAAAUUUGAAAACGAUCUAGUUGACUUUUGGCAACAUUUGACAGGCAUUCCAGGUAAUUUUUUAAGAAAAUAUGAUUACUCUACAGCUAAGGGUGAAUUAAUUCCAUCCGUUCCUGGAUAUCACACCACAGACAAGUAUGGUCAUCUGGCCAUUAAAAAGUCCAUAGCUGCAAUGAACUUUUCUUCAACAGAAAUUCAACAGUUGAAAGAUUCUCCCUUGUAUUUUCAAAUGUCAAGCAUUGGAUCUUUAAAUGCAAACUACAUUUCGGAAUUGAGUGAUAGUUUUUAUGUGACAAAAAAUAAGGAUCUAUUUCACAUGGUAUUUCCAUCACUUGAGGUUGUCAGUCAAAGUCAUUUUGGAUUAAGAUGUGGUGGAAUGAUUCAUCUCAGAAGCAAAACUUAUGAAACUUCUACAUUUCCAAGAAAUUUGAUGAGUCAUUAUACUCCAACUCAAGGUAAUCACUUGUCUCACUCCAAAAUAAUAUUUCAUCAAUCAAACAAUAAUCCUAAUGUUGGAUUUAUGGUCAUUGGAUCUCACAACCUGAGCCAAGCAGCAUUAGGAAAGCUUCAAAAACAAAAUUCACAAUUAUACAUCUCAAAUUAUGAAUUAGGAAUUGCCUUGAAAUUAGAUGUGUUUUCAAAAAGUUCACUUGGUGUGACUGAUUCCCAAAGUGAUUCUCAAAGUACCUAUUCAUCACCUUCCAUGUGCUCUCAAGGUCCGCUUACCAAUGAACAAUUGCAUUCACAAUUUGGGCUCUUAUUACCUUUCAAAAUACCACCAACAAGGUAUGACCACAAACACGAUUCACCAUUUAUACUUGAAACAGUUCAGGAUUUGUAUGAUGAUUAG